AUGCCAUCCCCCUUACAUAUUCCAGAAAUCUGCCUUGCAAUAUGCCAGGAGUGCCGCCAGCGCGAUCUCUGUAGGCUGGCCUUGGUCUCGAAAUACUGGAAUGCCAUCGCGAACGUACUCCUAUGGGAGAGCAUACCAGGCGUUGUGUGCUUGCUGCGCCUGAUGCCGCAAGAUGUCUGGGAGAUACUCGACCAGAAGCCACCGGGGGUGUACUUCCUGCAAUAUCGGCGUGUCUUCAAAUUCCGUCGUCCGUUAACUCCAGCAGACUGGAAUCCGGUCCUCGAACGCGCAAGCUAUGUACGCGUCCUGGACCAGACAGCCCUCGGCCGGCGAAGGGUGUCGUACUUCCACGACGUGAUCGACGCUAUCGCGGCAUGCCCCCCUGGCCAGAGGCUCUGCCCCGAGCUGCGCAAGCUGGACAUGCGCCUGAGCGCGUUCUUCUCCCGGACCAGCCAGAUCUCCGACCUCAUCCUCACCCCCACACUCACCUCCCUCACCAUCACGCUCGAUGCGGACUCCACGGUCCCCCAGGACUGCUCCAUGUUCGCGGCGUCGUGCCCAAACUUGCGCACGCUAGUCAUCCGAGAGCACGGCAACACACAAUACACAGAGGCUGUCAUGGCCGCGUUCCACCUCCACCCACAUCUCGAGCAUGUCUCGCUGCACACGUAUAGCCCCGCUACUGCGAUCGGCGUCGUCGCGCACCUCCCCUCGCUCACGAAGCUCGGGCUGCAAUCCCUCUCCCGGCCGCCCUCCCAGCUUAACAUCGCGCACCCCACCGGCCUGUUCACCACCCUCACCCGCCUCUUUCUCGAGGCCUGUGCCUCCGCCACCGUCUGCGCGAUGAUGCGCGCAUGGCGCUGGCGGCCGAUCGAGUCGCUCGAGCUCGAGGCCGUGCCGUACACGACCCCAGACGACCUCCGGCACAUCAUGCAGCACAUCCACGACCACUGCGAGCCCAGCGCGCUGCAGAAGCUCGUCAUCACCACGCACAACCCAUUCGAGAUCGCCGGGGCGCGCCCGGUGCUGCUGCGCGAUUUCGACCCGCUGCCUGUGCUGCCGAGCCUCGCACAUUUCGACGUCUCGGUCCCGUUUGUCGACAUGCUCACGGAUAGUGAUUGGGCGCAAAUCGUGCCGCGAAUGCCUGCCUUAGAGGUGUUCAUCCUUCGUCCGGACGAGGACGGCACUGGUUUUCACGACGAGGAAGCGCGGACGUCAACGUUGGAAUCAUUGCUAUACUUUGCUCGGGGAUGCCGACGACUUCGAGAGCUCAGCUUACCCCUCGGAAGGGUCCUAGUCCCCCUGACCUUCAGCGCGGAUCGGGAAACGCCUCAAACUGCGCUCACCUCCCUCGACAUACAAUGGGCGACGGCAGCGAACGAUAUCGACGCUAUAGUAGCCUUUCUAGGCUCCGUAUUCCCAUCGUUACGCAGAUUGGAGACAUCUUGUUGCUGGACGCGACACGAUGCGCUCGACGAGGAUUAUGGCGAGCCGUGGUCCAGCUUGAAGAAGGCCUUCAGCGACGAUUGGCGGCGGAGAAAUCCCAAAGACCGCACUUUGUAA